AUGGAGAACGCGUCAGUCAAGCAUCAGGCCUCCUCUUCUACUUUUGAGGUAGAGUCCCACAGCGACCACUACCUCGAGAGGCAAACCAAGACCUUCAGGAUCAUAGAAGCCGCCAGGGUUUCCAUCACUGCCCUCGCUCUUCUCUGCGGCAUCACCAUCAUGGGCCUCUCCGCCGAUGCCAUUAGGGUCUACAACGCUACGAGGCUUGAAGGGGGCCCCUCGCUGUCUCUAUGGCCCGACUCUUUCGACAUGCAGCCAACCGUUGCUCUCGUCGUUGGAAGUUCUCUGGUUACCCUUGCAAACAUCGCCGCUCUGCUGUGCAGCAAGGUGCCUCAUCUCCGCAACAACACACCUCUUCACACUCCCACGAUGUUUGCUGCGCCUCUGGUUGGCUUCGCAGCUGCACUCGUCGCUGUCAUCGUUUUCUACGCGAUCAACGCCUCCGCCACGACUGACUCCCUACUCAGCUGGACGUGCAGGUGGAGGUCUAUCAACAUGGGGCAGGCCCCCCACUUUGGCACAUUGUGCGGCCAGUCCUGGGCGAGCGUAUACUUGGCUGUCAUACUCGUGCCCCUGGAAGCCGUAGCUCUGUGUGCCGCGGGCUGGCAGCUCAAGGUCGAGAAGCACGUAAAUGCGUAUGCGCAGGCCAGAAAGGGAAGCCCCGUUGCUUGA